AGAGUAGGAGCGGAUCAACUGUGCUGGAUUAACACAAGCCCCUGCCUACCCUGCACCAACCCUCCCCCUGAAAAUUUGCCCUUCCUCCCUGUUUUUUGCUUUCUUUCUGUCCUGUCGUCCGUUCACGGUUGUCGCUUUUCAUUUCCACAAUGGAGUAGUCAGGCUGCCGUUACCUUCAGCCACUGUGUGCGAGAGCGAUUGGUGUCUUCUUUCCAUUCUACAACACCAACAGCAGUACUCCCCAGAUUAAUUAUUCAGCGUUCGUCUAACAAGAAGAGCUACCUGAUAACCAGACCAAACCACCCCCAAAGAAAGAAGAGGGAGAAAUUACAGAUUUUUUUUUUCCUAGAGUGGCGUAGCUUUGUUGCUGAUGUUGAUCUCCAGUAAGCAGUUGCCGAUUGGCCGCUCCCAGAGCUGGGACACACUUGGUGGGAAUGAGGGUCAGUGGGACCGCAGCGAGAGCAUUUAUGAGCAGCAGGCCAGGAUGGCUGGUCGACGGAAUUCCUUGUCCUAUGGAGGUGAUGCAGGAGGAGUUUGGUAUGAAGCAGCCCCUGGGGUGCGUCCACCUGACCUGGAUAUGAAACGGGAGCCGUACUCUUACCAGGAAUCACUUUAUAAUCAAACCUACUUGGAUCGGCCAGAUCCUCGCAACAUAAGAAAGAGUUCUGUACCUGAGCUGAACAGUCACUAUGAACGACCACCUGUGGCCCACCGUGGUUCUUUGCCCCCACCGGAUUUUUACCAGCAAGAUCCUGGCAUAGUUCCUAGGCCACCAGAUGCAUUUUAUCGUGGAGAACAACCUCAUCUGCUCAAUAGAUCAGCUUCUCAUUAUGGACUGAUGGGAGGAACUCGGCCACCGUGGGAACAGAACCAAGGUGGGAGGUCUGGUCCUCCUGUCCCUACUCCUGUCCAACCUCCUCCACCCUCUACUACUCACGAAAUUGCCCGCAUGUACAGGGAACCAUCUCUCCCUGGACCUCCACCUGCUACCCCUGUAUCAAAGAUGAUGGCAGAUGGGCAGCGCAUUCCAAGUCGGGCACCUUCUCCUGCGCGCUAUGGCAUGGAGCCAACAUCUCCCCGCUAUGCUGUUGAGCCACCAGCUUCUCUUCCAGGGCACUCGGUGUAUACUGAUAUUAAUGGGAGACCCCUGGAUCAGUCUGCAGCCACCUGCCUAGUGGUCGAUCCAGCUGCUCAGGGGAUGGACGGGACUGCCAGAGGUAUGGUCAUUCGUCAGGAAAGCCCUUCACCAUACACUAUACAACAGCAAGCACCACAACAAACUCAACAGCAGUUGCAGCAGCAAAUGCAGCAGGUUCAGCCACUCAACCAAUUGCAACAGGCUCAGGCAGUACAGCAGGUGCAGCCAGUUCAACAAGUACAGCAAAUGCAGCCAGUUCAGCAAAUGCAACAAAUGCAGCCAGUUCAGCCAAUGCAACAAAUGCAGCCAGUUCAGCAAGUGCAACAAAUGCCACCUGGUCAACAAAUGCAGCAAAUGCCUCCUGUGCAACAAGUGCAGCAAGCACUGCCUGCACCAGUUCAACAAGUGCAACCUGUGGCAAUUCAAAAUCCUGUCUACAAUCCUAACCCUGUCCAACCAGCUCCCGUCCCAGCGUCUACCCCAGGCAUGGCUGCUGUCCCUACGCAGUUACCUCCUCAGUUCCCUUCUCAACCUGCUAUUCCUGCUCCUCCUUCUUCAGUCCCUCAAACCCCAUCAGUUCCUCUGGACCCUAAGAGGACAGCAGACCCAGAAUUUUUGGCUUUUCUACGCAACGAAGGUCUAUCUGAGAGCACAAUCACCUCUCUGCUCCAACAAGGCUUCGAUUCCACUGCAAUGUUGGCUGUUAUGGAAGAGAAUGACGUUCGCUCUGUUGCACCCAAUUUAGGACAGGCACGUGUUCUUUCUCGCGUGGCACUCGGCUGCAAACGUCCACCGGACGUACCUCCUGCCACCCCCCAGCACCCUAGCGCUCCAGUCCGUGGCCGGUCUAACAGCUUCAGUCAUCGCAGUGACAUAUACAUGCACCAGCAAGCGCCAAUGACUCCCGGCAUUGACUCUCAGUAUAUGCAGCCUCCCGCCAACCUUGUGCCGAGCAUGUCACCCAGGAUGGGCGAAGUAAUGGGGCGCAGGCCGAGCAGUGCUCCCUCCCAGCAGCUUCUGGAGACAAGCAGCUACCCUGGAAUCAGGACACCAGGGGCAUUUAGCGGUGCCAUGGUCCCUGUGCAACCACGUCCAAUGUCUGCCUACACUCCUCAAGCUGGUUUGCACAUGCCCUCGAUGACUGCAAUGUCCCAGCAAGUAUCUCUUCCAUCACACAUGCCAGGAAUCUCACCACACAUUUCUGGCUUGCCACAGCAUAUGCAAACUUUGCCGACAUCAAUUCACGGCAUGCCACAGCAGAUGCCAGCUCUAGCUGCAGUGCCACAGGCAAUGGCUGUGCCUGCUCUGCCUCCCCAGCAAGCCCCUAAGGCCUACUCCACCAACUACACAGUGCCCAUGGAGCUGAUGAAGAGGGAUCGAAGCUUAGCCACCAUGACACCCAUGGCCAGUCCACACCCAAGCCCACAUUUAAUGCGAAAGGCUGGAUCGGCACCUCAUGAGAGCGCCCUGGUUCCUGUAGGUGCUAUAGCAGGUCAGAGUCCUAGCCUUGCCAAUCAGAAGCUCAGCCGGCGCACUGGACCUCCAGUUAUCGUCUCCACUAUGGCGUCACCUGACACAAGUAUAAGGCCCCAGAUCAUGAACGGGCCGAUGCAUCCCCGACCGCUAGUGGCUUUGCUGGAUGGAAGAGACUGUACUGUGGAGAUGCCAAUCCUCAAAGAUCUGGCAACCGUGGCCUUCUGUGACGCCCAGUCUACACAGGAGAUCCACGAGAAGGUACUUAAUGAAGCAGUAGGAGCAAUGAUGUAUCACACCAUCACACUGACCAGAGAGGAUCUGGAGAAGUUCAAAGCUCUACGCAUUAUCAUCCGCAUCGGAAGCGGCUACGACAACAUCGACAUAAAGGCCGCCGGAGAAAUGGGCAUCGCUGUGUGCAAUAUCCCAUCAGCAGCUGUGGAAGAGACGGCAGACUCCACCCUGUGCCACGUCCUCAACCUGUACCGCAGGAACACAUGGCUGUACCAGGCUCUCCGGGAGGGCUCGCGGGUCCAGAGUGUGGAACAGAUCAGAGAGCUGGCAUCAGGGGCAGCACGCAUACGAGGAGAGACACUUGGACUCAUCGGAUUUGGCCGAUCGGGUCAGGCAGUUGCGGUGCGAGCGAAAGCAUUUGGUUUCAACGUGAUCUUCUAUGACCCGUAUCUGCAGGAUGGUUUAGAACGGUCACUGGGGGUCCAGAGGGUGUACACUCUUCAGGACCUGCUGUACCAGAGUGACUGUGUGUCUCUGCACUGCAACCUGAACGAACACAACCACCACCUCAUCAAUGACUUCACCAUCAAACAGAUGCGCCAGGGAGCAUUUCUGGUGAACUGUGCACGAGGUGGACUGGUGGAUGAGAAAGCUCUGGCUCAGGCUCUAAAAGAAGGCAGAAUCCGAGGAGCUGCACUGGAUGUUCACGAAUCCGAACCAUUCAGUUUCACCCAGGGUCCACUGAAAGAUGCUCCUAAUCUGAUCUGCACCCCCCACACAGCGUGGUACAGUGAACAGGCCUCGUUGGAGAUGCGGGAAGCAGCCGCCACCGAGAUAAGAAGAGCCAUUACAGGUCGUAUUCCAGACAGCCUCAGAAACUGUGUCAACAAAGAGUUCUUUGUCCCUUCUGCACCGUGGGGAGUAGUGGAGCAGCAGCAGGUGCACGCAGAGCUCAAUGGUGGUGCAUACAGAGUGGCCCAGCCGCUACCAGCCAUAUCUCCUGGCGGCAUGCAAGACAAAAUGUAUACCUAAACUCAGUCAGGCUUGUUCAGGGUCAGGUGGGCGUGAACCCUGGAGGUGUAGGAGGUCCAGCAGCAGGCACGAAGUCAACUGGGACGUCCAGUGCCCAUCCCAACUCCCUGCUGCCAGUCUCUCAACCCAGCCGUGCCCCCUCCCCCAGCAAGCCCAACAAACACAGCACAGAGAACUCCACACAGAGCCAGAACCACAGUAGCCACAGAGACUUCCAAAAGAAACUGCUGCUGACCAGCAACACUGACCAGCGCAGCGGAGUGUCUGCUCCAAAGCAGGGACCAAAAAGAGAAGGACUGGCUAGCAGCUGAUGCUGACUGCAGUGGGGACGGCUUGGUCAUGGUCAUGCUCCUCGGAGGUGUUUCUCUCCUCCUCUCUGUUGAAGGGAUUUUAGUUUUUUUUUUUUUUUUUUUCCCUGUUCUAUUUUUUGUUCCAGAUGUUUUCUUCCACAAGCGUGUUUGCUCUUCAUGUCUUCUUGGGACUUAUGUUUAAUGAAUACCUGUGCAGAUGGGUGAGGUUUCUUUGUUUUGUUUUGUUUUUGUCUGGGGGUGUGGCUUAGCACAAACUCUGCCCACUUUCAUCUUUGCUGCUCUGGCUGACAGCUCAGAGCACCUGAAGGACCUUGAAGAUCACCUGCCAUAUCUGACUCUAGAUCUAGAUGCAUUCAGUCAGUCACCCUGUGUUCUUGUAUCCCUUUAUUAUCGUCUGUCCCUUUUUCAAACCAAAUUAGUACUUGUUUGAAAUUAUUAAAUAACAUUUAUACGUUGUAUUUAUCAACUGAAAACAGACAGAAAAAGUUGUCUGUAGGAACUCUGAUGACCUUUGACAAGACCCUUAGCUCUCUCCUGACUUGGCCUUUUAACCACCUGACCUUAGUUAAAUGUAUACGCGCACAAGUCCAGUAACCACCAGCUCUGAUGUUAUGGAACUGAUCUGAAACUGCCUCAGAUGUAUUAAUUUCCACAUAUGUAUUGUUUUGUAAACAGCUUGUGCAUGUUAGGAAUUUUCCUUCGCAUAUUAAAUUCAGUGUUUGAAUUUAAAUUCAUCAAAUCUCUUUUGUGUUUGAGUACUUUAAGACUAUAGAUGGCAGCUUUUAAAGAAAGGGUCCAGAGCCAAGAGCCACCCCUCUCAGGAAACAUUUAUACAUUUUUUGUCUUCAGAGUCUAUGAACCAAGAACCAAGGAUCAUUUGUCUUGUUACAUUCUCCCACACAGUUUUCCCAGGACUUUCUGUUUAGUUCUUUUUUUAUAGAUCUGACAUAUAAUCUUUAAUUUGUUUUGAUGUUGAAUGUAUGGCAGAUAGAUUUGUAUUGCCUAGUUUAAUAUUACUAUGAACUUAGUCUUCUGUGACCCCUUCUCUGGUCUUCUGUUUGGGUUCUGUGAGUGGGAAGACACAUGUUUUUUGUUUGAUUGUUUUGUUGCUGAGAUGAGAAGUGUAUUCCAGGACACGUAUUGCAGGACAGUGGGCUUGGUUUUUAUUGUGAGUGUUUGUAUUCGUUUCUUGUAUUGAGGCAAAUAUCUAGCUUCCAGUUCAAAUAAAGACGAAAUACCAUUGGGACACCCUAUACUAUACUGUA